AUGGCGAUUCAACCAAAGACUGUAUUAUAUUGUGGAGUAUGCACGAUGCCACCAGAGUACUGCGAGUUCAGCGGUAGUCAAGGCAAAUGCAAAUCAUGGUUACAUGACAACCACUUGGAUGCAUACAACAAGCUUUACGGUGAAGCUGAAGAUGUGGCCGACAAGGUUGCCCAAGUGUCUCUUGAAGGUACCUCGGAAGGACGCAGCGAUCGAACUUUUGUCAAGGAUAAAUCAGCACAAUUGGAAGCCAAGUUGGAAAGGGAGAACCAAAAGAAGUUGUCUUCUCGCGUGACAGUAAAACGGGUUGAAAGAACGAAAAGAAAAUGCGUGACCAUCGUACAUGGCUUGGAAAUCUUUGAUGUCGAUCUCAAGAAAGCUGCCAAGAUGUUUGCCAACCGCUUCGCAUGUGGAUCAUCCGUGGCCAAGAAUAACCAGAAUCAGGAUGAAAUUGUCGUGCAAGGAGAUUUCUCAGAUGAGAUUCAUGAUUUGAUCUUAGCAAAUUGGCCAAAGGUGCCCGAAGAUAAUAUCGAUCUGGUGGAGGAGAAGAAGAAGAAGAAAUAA